AGUCGAUAUCCAAGUGCUGUAUUCUGUUCUAUAAACUCCACAAUAACAUAACAAAUAUUCAAAUGGUCGAGCUCUGGUCAUAAGUCUCGGCGCAAUUUGUGAACGGGGGUUGAUUUUAUUCAAAUAGUUAAAUGAGUGUGAUUAUUUGAUUUUUGGUUAUUUUUGAAUUGUUAUUAACCUAUUAGCCGCUAGAUGGAAAUAAAUGUCUAGUCAAAGGAAUCAAAUAUAUUUACUGUACUUUACAAUUUUUGAAUAAAAAAAAACUAUUGACGAUCGCUUAGUGUAGAUGUCGCGUAUAAAUAAAUUUGCCGUUUUUGAUAGUCGUAAAUACAUCAAAUGCAUUUGUGCGGGUUCUACAAAAGUCUUACAGUUACAGAUCCUAUUAAUUCAUUUUAAUUAUUUUUUGUUGUAAUAAUAAUCAUAAGUGUACGGCUGCUAGUGAUAUUCAUAAACAAAUCAUAAUUUAUUUAAAUAUGUCAGAUCAGCGUAGGUUUAAAAUUUCGCGUUUCGAUACUUUUGAAGAAGAUAGUUAUAAGUUUAGUGACUAUGAUGAAGAUCGCGUAAAAGACAAACUAUUACCUUCAAAUAAUGAUGUUGCUAGAAUAGUUCAAACUUUAGAAACAGGAGAUGGCACAGAAGAACAACAGUUUACCUCCGAGAAAGUAUCGGGGUACGAGACCAAUUUAUAUUUAUACUCCGAGGAAAUGGAGGACAGACCUCGAGUAUCAACUCUCAUCAGUUCCUUGGCCAAUUAUUCUAAUACUAUACCACCAGCUUCAAACGAUCCCGAUGCGAGACCUGCAGGAGGUGGUGCACGUAUGGGUACCCUUAUAGGUGUUUAUUUACCCUGUAUUCAGAAUAUUUUUGGUGUAAUAUUAUUUAUUCGCUUGACGUGGGUUGUUGGUACAGCAGGUGCCUUACUAGGUUUCCUAAUAGUUUUAUGUUGUUGCUGUGUUACUAUGUUGACUGCCAUCUCGAUGUCUGCUAUCGCCACGAAUGGUGUGGUACCUGGAGGAGGUAGUUACUUCAUGAUAUCCAGAUCGAUUGGACCCGAGUUUGGUGGAGCCGUCGGUAUGCUUUUUUACACUGGCACUACCUUAGCCGGCGCUAUGUAUAUCGUUGGAGCUGUCGAGAUUGUACUGUUGUACAUCACCGAUAAGUUGACAUUGUUUGGCAGUAUAACGGAUGACCAGGUUAAAUUCAAUAACUUCCGAAUUUACGGUACAGCUGUUUUAAUAUUGAUGGGGUUCAUAGUUUACCUUGGAGUAAAAUUUGUUAACAAAUUCGCAACAGUGGCUCUUGCAUGUGUACUUUUAUCUAUUUUGGCAGUUUACAUUGGAAUAUUUGUCAAUGUCAACGGAAACGACAAAUUACAUAUGUGUUGCUUGGGUAAUAGAUUACUAACAGUGGAUGAUCCUUUCACUGAUUGUAACAAAAAUGUUUCUGGUGUUCUACACAAAAUAUUCUGUACGGGUGAUGAAACAAACUAUAACUGUGAUUCCUAUUAUGACCAGCAUAAUACUUCCAUCAUAAAAGGCAUAAGAGGAUUGUCAUCAACCGCUUUUUUCGAAAACAUUUACGACGGAUUUUUGGAACAAGGACAAUUCAUUUCGAAAGGUAAACUACCAGCUGAUUUGGAAGUUGUUGGUAGCGAUCACUAUAAUCAAAUAUAUGCUGAUAUUACCACUACUUUUACUAUUCUCAUUGGUAUCUUUUUCCCGUCUGUAACUGGUAUCAUGGCUGGUUCAAAUAGAUCUGGUGAUCUCGCAGAUGCUCAGAAAUCAAUUCCUAUUGGAACCAUUGGUGCAAUUCUCACAACUUCCACAGUCUACUUGUCAUGCGUUCUUCUAUUUGCCGGAACGGUUGACAAUCUUUUACUACGAGAUAAAUUUGGUGCAUCAAUUGGUGGUAAAUUGGUAGUAGCGAACAUAGCGUGGCCUAAUCAAUGGGUAAUAUUGAUUGGUUCUGUCCUCUCUACACUGGGCGCUGGUCUACAGUCUUUGACUGGGGCUCCACGUCUUCUGCAAGCUAUCGCCAAAGAUGGUAUUGUCCCAUUUUUAGCACCUUUUGCCGUUUCUUCGAGUAAAGGCGAACCAACUAGAGCAUUACUUCUCACUUUGCUUAUAUGCCAAGGAGGUAUUUUAUUAGGAAACGUAGACAUCUUAGCUCCAUUACUAUCAAUGUUCUUUUUAAUGUGUUAUGGAUUUGUUAACCUUGCUUGCGCCCUUCAAACGUUAUUGAGAACUCCAAACUGGAGACCAAGAUUCAAGUAUUACCACUGGUCCUUAUCUUUCAUUGGUCUCUCCUUGUGCAUCGCUGUUAUGUUUAUGACAUCUUGGUACCUAGCUUUGCUAGCAAUGGGAAUGGCUGGAGUUAUCUACAAGUACAUAGAAUAUAGAGGGGCAGAGAAGGAAUGGGGAGAUGGUAUCAGAGGAUUGGCUUUAUCGGCAGCUAGGUUUUCUUUACUACGUUUGGAAGAGGGACCUCCACAUACAAAAAAUUGGAGACCGCAAAUUUUAAUUUUAGUAAAAUUGACUUCAGACUUUUUGCCAAAAUAUAAGAAAUUAUUUUCUUUUGCUGCUCAGCUCAAAGCUGGUAAAGGAUUAACAAUCUGCGCCUCAGUAAUAGGUGGCGAUUUUACAAGAUGUUAUGGCGAAGCUAUGGCUGCUAAGCAAAGCCUUAGCAAAACUAUGGAGGAAGAAAAAGUUAAAGGCUUUGCUGAAAUUUUAGUAGCUAGAGAUAUUACAGAAGGAUUGUCGGAUCUUGUUCAAACCGCAGGAUUAGGCGGAUUAAAGCCUAAUACCGUGAUACUCGGUUGGCCUUAUGGCUGGAGACAGUCGGAAGAUGACAGGACUUGGCAAGUAUUUUUGGAAACAGUGCGAAAUAUAACAGCCGCAAGAAUGGCAUUACUUGUACCUAAAGGCAUUAAUUUCUUUCCUGACAGUACAGACAAGGUUAUAGGAAAUAUUGACGUUUGGUGGAUAGUACAUGACGGAGGAUUGCUUAUGCUGUUACCUUUCUUGUUGAAACAACACAGAACCUGGAAGAAUUGCAAAAUGAGAAUAUUUACGGUUGCUCAAAUGGAAGACAAUUCCAUACAAAUGAAAAAGGAUUUGAAAACGUUCCUCUAUCAUCUCAGGAUUCAAGCCGAGGUUGAAGUAGUUGAAAUGAUGGAUCAUGAUAUAUCUGCUUAUACUUAUGAGAGAACUUUGAUGAUGGAACAACGUAAUCAAAUGUUGCGAGAACUUCGCUUGAACAAAAAAGAAAGCUUAGGAGUGGUGGAUCUGGCGGAUUUUAAUCUUUUGUCAGCGGAGGAGAAGAUACCUUUGGUCCAGUCCAUUGUAGAUCAACAUCAUCAAAAUGUUGACGCCAAAAUGCCAACCAAAGUACGUUUCCAAGAACCUGGCACCGAAGAAGACAACAAAAAUCAAGCUGAACCAACCAAUGAGCCUAAAAUUCAUAAUAAAGAGGAUUGUGAUAAUACCAAAGAAAAAGAAGACUCUUCGGAAAAGGAAAAAGAGUGUACCAAUGAGCACAAUCAUUCAAAUUCUAUAUCAGAGGAAAAUAACAAAUCUCCUAGAACCCCUGACGAAGGUAACGUUCGUCGGAUGCAUACAGCUGUGCGUCUAAAUGAAGUGAUUGUAAAUAGAUCUCACGAUGCUCAAUUAGUCAUUUUGAAUUUGCCCGGACCGCCUAAAGAUACUAAAAUCGAAAGAGAAUCAAAUUAUAUGGAAUUUUUAGAGGUGUUAACAGAAGGAUUGGAAAGAGUAUUGAUGGUACGAGGUGGAGGCAGAGAAGUCAUAACAAUAUACUCGUAAUUUAUAUGUAAUUGUAAGUUUACGAAGUGAAACGUUCAUUCCAAAGCAAAUUUCAUUAUAUACAAAUGGAAUUAAAAAAACGUUCACUACCUAUUUGAAAGAAUCGAUGAUGUAAUGACCUAUGUUUAGUAUGUUCAAGAAUAGUGAUUACACCAAUUAAUUAUUAUUAAUGUCAUAGAUUAUUUAUCUAUAUAUAUACUACAAAUAACUUAGCAGGCAUACUUACAACCUUUCUGCUGGGUACCGUGAUUCUUGAAACUAUUGUAAUAUUUAUAAAAUCAAAAGGCAACUUUUACUAAGUGCUCAUUUUCUUACGAGACAAUUAGCAAAUCAACGUGCAGUGUUAUUAGUCAUAUUUAGAUAAUAUGGAACUAGAUAAUAUGGAACUAGAUAAUAUGGAAAAAACACUCCCGACUGUAAUAUUACAAUUUACUUGUUCCAUUUCUUAGAACAUUUUCUAAUGUUUUCUCUCUAGACGGGAUCGAAUACUUACUAAAUCAAGUUUGUCAUGUUUUUGUUCCAAUAGCAAUUAAUCAUUUCUAAUAAUUCCUAUCUUUCAACUGAGGAAUUCAUUUUAUAUAACAGAUACAGUUAUAACUAAUCAGGCAGCUCUAUACGUGGUGUAGCCAAAUUCAAAAAUCAUAUAUAUAUAUAUAUAUAUAUAUAUAUAUAUAUAUAUACAGGGUGUUCCAAAAUGAUCUUUACAACUUCAAAACUUCAUAACUUCGAAAAUAAACAAGAUAUUUAUAUUCUGUCUUUUGCAUGUAUUACUGCAACUAAUAAAGUUUUUUUAGUACACCAUUGGUGGCCCUAAGCACUUCCAGUCUGUAAUCAAUUUCAAACCAGGUAACAUGUCGCCUGUGAUUGUACUAAAAGUUUGUGUAAUGCGGCGUUUCAAGUCAUCAAAGUCAUUAACCGGUGUCCGGUAAACAAUAACCCCACAAGAAGAAGCCGAGGGGUGUUAUGUCCGGAGACCUUGGUGGUCAUGGAAUUGGGCUAUUCCGUCCAAUACAUCGGUUGGGAAAAGUUUCGUUGAAGUGUUCCAAAACUGCUGUCAACCAGUGUGGUGGUGCACCGUCCUGUUGGAAGUAAAUAAUCGUCUGUAAUUCUUAGGUAUAUCCAGGUACACGCACCCAGUAACUGUGGUUUCUAUGAAGAAGAAAGCUCUUUCGUUGAAGCUCGACUACUGCAUGAGAGGUUUCAGAACAUGAAACACUGAAACACACCUUUUUCGAGAAAUCUUCAUCAUGCUCAAUACAUUGUAACAUGUCUACGGCAAAUUCCACACGUUUUGGUCGAUAUAUUGGAAACAGUGCCUGCAGCAACUGUACCUUAUAGGCAUACAGACGCAACUUUUUAUGAAGAACCCUGUGGAACGUGGUUGUAGGUAUUUGGAGUUGCCUUGAAACCUGAACAAUUGAAGUUUUCGGAUUGUGCUGGAAUGUUUGCCGUAUUCGCUCCACAUUGUCUGGACUUGUGCUGGGUCGUGCGGCUCCACUUUUAUGCAAUACUGAUCCGGUGCUCAUAAAGCUUGUGUGCCAUGCACGGAUGGAGGGUCUGGAUGGUGGAUCUCUUUGGAAGUUCCGUUGAACUUGUGUUUCGGCACUAUGAACCAUGACACGCAUUGAGCUUUCUGUUGUAGUAUCCACAUCUUUACUUAUAACUGUUCAGCCUAUUAAAAAAAAAGUUUAUUAGUUGCAGUAAUACAUGCAAAAGACAGAAUAUAAAUAUCUUGUUUAUGUUCGAACUUAUGAAUUUUUGAAAGUGGUAAAGAUAAUUUUGGAACACCCUGUAGUUUAAUACGUGAGACUAUUACAAUCUAUGUUUGUUGGAUAAGUUUAUGAUUUUUUAUUUUAUUCAAUAGCAUAACGUUUGAUAUUUUUAUUGCUUUUUAUCAAUUUUUCAACUUGCCCAACAUCUUCUUCCAUCCGAAACUAAUUUACACUAAUUUUUAUAUUUCCUUAGUACUAGGAAUGUUGUAAAAUUUGUAUGUGGUGUUGCAGUUAACAGUUUGUGAUAGUCGUUACCGGUCCUUGCAUUAUAAAAACGAAAGAUUUUCAUUAGUCUUAUAACUGCCAAAAAAUUCAAAGAUAAAAACUUUGUUUAUAGUAACGUUAUGUCAAAUAUUUAUAUAAAACAAAAGUUCCUCUUGUUCAACAUUUGAGGUGCAGCUUCUCGUACUAUACUAUAUUUAAGAAUAAGACAUAAGAUACAGUAACCCACAUGUUAUUGUAUAUCUUGCUAUUACCACAUUGUCAACUUAGGUGGACUCUACCACCUUUAGGGCCGAUUCUCACUAUAAUGCUGUUCACAGUUCACAAUUUGACUCAGUUCAAGAUUCAGUCUUGAAUUGUCGAUAAUCAAAGUCGGAUGUAUUUGGCUCGUAGAUAAUUAAUUAGAAAAUUAUUGUAAUAUUUGCAGUGAAAAACUGUCAUUAACCUUUUCGAUUGAAGAAUUAGCGACUAUAGCUCUUCUUCUCGAUGAAGCAGAUAAUAUUAUCAAGACAAGAAGAAAAUAUAAAGCAAUGAGAAGAAUGUGGGUGCAUCCAAGUUUAUUACAACGAAAAAAAAAGAAGAAGAGUAUUACACUUUCUAUCUGCAUUUAAUUAAUAAUAAAGAAAAAUCCUUACAAUACUGUCGAAUGGAUUGGACUCCGUUUGAAAUGAUUUUGAAGAAAAUCACAUUAAAAAUAGAAAAAAAAUAAAUAAAAUUUAUUGCAUUUGAUGUACUGAUCGCUUCAGCGGGUAAUAGCUGACUGAACCUGAAACAAAAGAAUAUUCACACUAUCGGUAGUACAUAUCGUGAUAAGUUCGAUCUCGCUCAAACAAAAUUUCUUCGAACCUAAUCGUGAUUGGACUAGGAUUCGAGCGAAAUUUGACUGUUGCACACAUAUAUUUUUUACUUCAUAAUAUUUUUAUCAAACCGAGAUUGGACCGAGAACGAACUGGGAACGGCUUUUUAGUGAGUAUUGGCCCUUAUUUUUCACUUUAUUUCGCUGGGAUGUUUAGUUUAGUCAAAAUUUAAUAAACUUUGUUUAUUUUUUCUUAUAUAGUAGUUGCAUCACCAAUGAACUAAUAGCCUCUAGUAUUUAACAAUAUAAAAUAAUCGGUUAAAGGUUUUUUUGCAAUGGAAAAAGUUGUUUGUUUCACGACUCUUAUUAUUUAGAGAAUAAUUAUUUUUUUAAUGUACCUACAUUUCGUUAUUAAAAGUUUUUAAAUCAUAUAAACGAAUACACGCUUAAUCACUAAUUGGAAUUUCUUAUUCAAAUAUUGAAUUCGAUUAUUCAUUGACGUUAUAUUCCCGAAUAACAAAGCAAUAUAUUGGGAAACACAAUAAAAAUCAUUUUGAAGAAUAUAUUAUGUGAGAGUUUCCACAAAUUUGUCGUUUCGAAUUAUACAGUAUAUGAUAGAAAAUAACACUUAUUCAUGUCUAGUCUAGUUAAACUUAGAAAAAGAAAUAAGAGCUUAUAAAAUGUCUUUUAAAUUAUCUGAUAGACACUCAAAAUGACAUAAAUUCUUACGUAUAUAAAUCGAAACCAAUUCAAAUUGUUUUUGCGAUUCAUCGUUAUUAUAAUCAUAAAAAAUUUUACUCAUUCACAACUAAAAUAUCUAAUUAAAAUGAUUUAAGAUCCAAUUUCAGAGGAGAAACACAAAACUCAAUAGAAACCGGUGAAAAAUAUAUUAGAUGAUUCAACCAACAUUUGGAAAUAAUAUUUUCCACAAUAGUAAAAUAAUAAUAAAAAUUAUAGGCAGCCAUUAACUUCAAAAGGAAAGAUGACCGAAAUAUUUAAUAUAUCUACAUCUACAUCGAUAAGCGAAAAAUUACUACAUAUACUAUAUAUAUAUAUAUAUAUAGUUAUUAGCAGUGGCGGCCUUAGGGGGUGGCGAACAGGGCAAUCGUCCAGGGCCUCGCGCAACAACCCAAGCAAAUUUUAAAAAAUAUAAUAUUUUUUAACUAUUUUUAUAUAUAUAUAUUGACAGACAGUUCAAAGAAGUCAGAAGACGACGUAAAAAAAGGCAUUUUGAUUAUGAAGGGGGAGAUGAAGCUCAUGAAUUGAAAGCGGAAGGAAUUUUCAAAAUAAACUAUUUUUAUGUCAUUGUCGACAAUGUGCUCGCAAGCUGUUGUUAUCAUAGGUUUGAGGCUCUUAAGCAUCAUGAAAGCAUAUUUGGUUUCAUGUAUAAUAUAAAAAAAUUAAAGGAAAUUAAUUAUAGUGAACUUUUAAAGCAAUGCAGUGACUUGCAAAUAUCUAUGACAGUAGGAGAAUCAUGUGAUUGAUGGAACAUGAAUUGUACAAAGAAUUGAAUAUGUUCAUCCGUGUGUAUGAAGGGAGCAAUGACAUUACCUCGGUGCUAAAAUACAUAAUAGAAAAAAAAUUGAUUGAAGUUUACCCCACUACGAAAUAGUCCUGAGAAUUAUUGCUACCACACCUGUUACAAUUGCGUCUGUUGAAAGGAUUUUUGGAUUAUUGUUAUUUAAUUAAAGAUUUUAGUCAUAGGAAAAGCAGUAAAUAUCAAUUUUGAAAUUUAUCAUCUCUGUAUUUGUUAAUUUUGUAAAUCUUUCAAUGUAAAAUAUUUUAAAACUCAAAUUUGAUUUAUUUGUAUAAUUUUAGCAUUUCUCCUUAAACAUGACAACCUACUUUCGCAUUACAUAAUGAAAGACAAAGGCCCUCGUAAACACCUGCUCCGGGCGGCCUCGCAAUGGGUAAGGCCGCCUCUGGUUAUUAGAAAAAAAAACAUCAAUAUAUAACUAUAUAACUUGAAGUAUUUAAGGCUGAAAUGAAUCUGAAUUAAACCAUUUAUAGACUAAGGCCCAUUUCGCACCAAGCCAGUCUAGUCCAUUCGCGUCCAGUCAAGUCGGACGCUUUUGAAUUGAAACAAAGAGAAUGUGUAAAUAUGGUUUCACACUAAGCGCGUCCCGUCAAGUCCCGCAAAAGCGUCCGAUUUGACUGGACGCGAAUGGACUAGACUGGCUUGGUGCAAAAUAGGCCUAAGAGCUAGUGCCUGCCAGACAUACGUUAAAGUAUAAAAGGUGGAAAUUUUUUUGCGUGUUCUCACUGGUGUAGGGAACGAUGUUUGGAGGUUACAAAGUUUAUACUUUAACGUAUGUCUGGCAGGCACUGGCUUUUAGUCUAUUAUAAAUAGUAUGUUCUAUAUGAUGCAAUUAAAAUAUGAAAAGGAAACUGUAAACAGAUAUGCAAAAAAAUUAUGGUAAAUAAAUAUAGAAACACAUACUGUAAAAAGAAAACAAUGCACAUAUCACCUAUCAUCCAUUAUCAAUAAUAUAUGAUUAGUUAAUUCUGAAAGUUAAGGAAUUUCAAUAAAGGAAAAAUAAUAGACAGAAUCAAGGAGAUACCGAGUAAAAAACGCAGCUUGAUAGAAUGAGAAAAGAAUAAAAAACAGGACAGGAAAUGUUUGAAAAGGAAGAUAUGUAUUAGUGAACUGGUUAAAAUAUUGUAUAAAACAUUUUAGUCGACUUCUUAAUAAUGUUUUCAUUGAGAACGUAUUUUAUGAAUCGUAAAAACAAUUUUAAAUUAGUUUACGAUUGUUGAACAAACAGGAACACUUUCGGAUUAUUCGUUCCAGUUACUUUUACAGAUAAUUUACUAAUUUAAUUCAGUCGAAUAUUUUCUUUUAGGUGGUAAUUUAACAAAACGUUUAUCGCGUACCUUUUAAAUCUAAGAAUUUUGAGCAAUAUUAACUUAAUAAAUAAUGAAUAUUUACUGUAUUAAAUGUCAAAUUAUGAGUGAUAGAAUUAUAUUUAGUAAGUCAUAAUAACAUGUUUUUCUGCAGAAAUGUGUAGAUUCUGAUUGAGAAACUUAUCUAUACCUACAUACUGAAAUGGAAACUUUCUUCAGAAACUAUGACUUUCAAUAUUUUUAUUAUGUAUUUGCACAUUUCUAUGGAAGCACGAAUGUUGUAUAGAUUUUUAUCUCAUGUGAUGUAAGCAAGAACUCAUUAUUAUAAAAUCAGUAUAUCGCGAUUGAGGAGCUCUACACCCUACAUAUCUAAAGAACAAAAAUUGGCAUAAUUAUAAAAUAAAAAAGAUUAUAUUUCAUGACGCUAAUUUCCGCUACUAACAUUUGCAAAAAUCGAUUAUAUUUGUCGUGGUUAACCUAAUCACAUUUUAAUAUUUGCGGACAAAUAUCGUGAUUAUUGAAGGAAUUGAAUCAUUUCGUUUAAUAUUUUUUUUAUGACAACAUCGUUUCGUCCCGACUUUCAUUUUUUGCUUAGCGGCGUUGAUCGAUCGAUGUAACACAACCUUGUUUGCUGACAAUUACGUCUUCGAACGCAAUGUUCAGAUCCAUUCUCCUGUCCACCUGACUUCCGGUUCUUUCCACUUAAGCCUAUAGUGAGAAAUUCAUCUUUCAUUUAUCAUUAUAUAAAUAUAUCGAAGCUUACUUCUCAUCGACCCACGGAUUAUGUAAGAAUCGGAUCCAGUACAAUUGUAUUUACUUCCGUGAUCUGUGACCACUGAUAUACUGAUUAUGUUGAGUCUUGUUGUAUAAGAUUGUGUGGCAACUUCGUAUUUCUAUUUUUCUAGACACGUUUUUUGCCAAUUGUAACAAAGGGCGGCUCAACAUUCUAUAUAUCUUUCGAAAUAAUAAUAAAAAUGACGUAGGUACAACUUUAUGUAUGUAUAUUUGUGUGUAUGUGUGUGUGCAUAUAAACAAAACUAAAUACAAUAGCCAAAAAUGAUCAGUCGAGUUCUGAUCCAUUAAAUAUUAUUCAUAAAACACUUUGCAUUAAUAGAAUUUCAACUUUAAAAGGUAGUUUUUACCUACACAAUACUGAAUAGUUUAGAACAAAGAGUGAUAGAACUUCUGUGAAAAAAAAGUUUCUCAUUUACUCAUAACUUUGUUUUGUUUGAAAUAUAUAAAUGUAUAGUAGUUAAUAUAGAUGAUAUAAAGAAAUUUUUCAAACAAUUUUCGAAAAACACUCUAAUUUAUAUAAAAUAAAUUUAUAAGUUUUCUAUAUUUCUAUUUACCUAUAAAAUAUUUUCCUUCUAUAUUAUCUAUACGUUGAACCACAUUACCAUCAAAUUUUAUAGAUACUGUCUAGAGCAGAUCCAGGGUCUUGACAAAGGGGGGGUCACUAGUAUUAAGACGAGUCAUCCCCCAAAGAUAUUUUAAGCCUUUUACCCACAAAAUAUAACUACUCGAGAGUAGGAUCUCAAAUGCCGAAGAGCCACUGAGUCCCGUAGAGUGAAUCGAAAAUCGAUUCUUUUGAAUCGUUCGUUUUAGAUGAACGAUUCCAAAAGAACUGCGACUCUUCUUGCUUUCCCUCACUAGUUCAAAUUUCUCAUCUGUCCCAAAAUCUGACCGACUCUUCAAGUGAGUCGAUUGAGUGAGAUUACUAGUUUACAUUUCAUUUUUUCGACUAGACCAACUCUUAAGUCGUUUACCCAUAGAGCCCUAGACCGAUUAUCGAUUAGUUUGAUUUGAUUCAUAUUAAUUAGUUUAUAUCAGAUUCUUCUACUUCUUAGUCUUGAGUUUCCUGAGCAUUUUAUUUUUGUUUUAUUAGGUAUUGUUUUGAUAUUCGAAAUAUUUGGGGGUAUUGGCUCCCUUUAUCCACGGUGUGAAAUAAUUCGUACUUUUACAUAUUCCUAUUUGCGCUCUUUUAUAAGAAACACAAAAACCAAGUUAAUUAAUCAGGGUUUAGGGGGUGGGGUUCAUGACCCCCUUUGGAUCCGCGCUUGGAUACUGCAUUGAACUGAUUUAUGUACAAAGCGAUUCAUUAGGGGUGGUGACCAGCCAUAUCUCGGUACAAAAUUGUGUUGAUAUAUUCAAUUGAAUCGGCAUAACUUUUCUGAAAACUUACAGAGUGAACCAUUAUUCAAUAAAACUGAUUUAAAUUGCGAAUAUCUAAUUAAGUAGUAGGUACUAUUUUUUUUGUAAGUUGAUGUUUUUUUGGGGCCCGUUACCAGUACUAAUGAAUCACUCUUUAUCGUGUCCAAUUUUGAUGGCAUUACUAAUAAAAUUAUUAUUUUUAUUAAUCGUUGAAUUGUAGACAAUCUUAAAUCAGUUUAUUAUUUUUAUAAAAGAAACCAAAAAAAGUGGCAUGUGAGCAAAAUUUCAAUAUUUAGUAACUUUAAGUAGUUUCAGAAUAUUCAAAUUUCAGCUAAAACAGAAUAUACUAACCAAUUCAAUCAUGAUUUCUGAUUUUGUUGAAAAUAAAACGUGAUUGACUAUUUUUUAUCUCUCAUUGUGAUUUCAGACCUGUUAAUUAUUGUUAUUAAUAAGAUAUAGCUUUAUUAAUACUUAUAAGUGUAUUACACAAAUCAAAUUACCAGAGUAUUUAUAAUAUGUAUCUAUUUUUAUUUGUUUCAUCUAUUUGCUAUAUAUGUAUAUCUAUUGUUAAUAAUUUUGUUAUCCAAAGGAAUUAAAUUUAUUAUCUACAAGAGUUUUAAAAAUAGGAAAUAUUUCUAAUAAAAUAUAGGAAUUUCACGUCCAGUUAAAAGAUGUAGGAAUAAUUAGUAGGUAGGUAUAAUAACUGUUCAAAAUUAUUUUAAAAAAUAUAUUCUGAAUUCUUAGAUUUGUGAUGCAAGAUCAAAAAAAAAACGAAUAAAUAAAUGUUGUUACUCCUUGUAUUAUUAUGAUAAAUCGGUACUUUAUGAGUAUUUAUUUCCGUAUGUGUAAUUUUGAAAUAGCCCUAGCUGCUUGGUAGAAUAAAUCUCGUGAAGGACGCUAUAUUAGUGUUCUUAUAGUUAGUUAAAAUUCCUAACAACUCAAAUGUUGUCAAGUUCAUCAAGUUCAUACACUAACCGGUCUAUAAUAUACUGAAAAAUACCAUAAUCGAAUUGAUCGCAAAUUUAAGAAUACUCAGUAGAUAUACUAUAUUAAGAGAGAACAUUUGACUUGACAGAAUUUUUCAAUGUGUUAUGCUAAACACGACACAAACCCAGAGUCUCAUCUUGGUAUAUUGUAUCUAUAAUAUCGAAACACGAAAUGAUAUAGAAAAUCAGAUAUAAGAUUUUGCCACUCUUUUUAAACAUGGACGGUCAUCUUUAACUUAAGUUUCGUGCAGCUGCGCAGGUGUAGGGAUAAAAUAGUGCACUAGUGAUCUCGACUAGCCUUAAAGGUACCUUAAAAUAUUGAAUUCUAUUUAUUUAUAUUGAUGUGUCACUAAAGUAGCUAGUGCCCAGGUCGCGCCAUUAUAACUCUUUAUUAAAAUAUCUAUGUUAUUCAUAUGAGUUUAAUAAAUAAAUUAUUUAUAUUUUUAUAUAGGUUUUAUUUUAUGUAGUUCUGUAAGAAAAUUGAAGUGAUACAUAGAAUCAAAAGUGGAUAUUAUUACCAAUAUAACAAACGUAAUAUUAACUUUAUCAUCAAACGUGAUUAUUAUUAAGUGAGAAAUAUGCACUAUAACGUUUCUCAAAUUUCCUAUUUCAUCCUUCUUCUUCAUUAUUAAAUGUUCCACAAUUUCAAAUCCAACUGCAAGCUUUUUUGACCUGUAUUUUUAACUCUCACGUAACUCACCGUAAUUAACCACUCUAUUGUUAAUUUUAAAAAUAUAAACAUGGGAUGUCAGAAGUGCACUGUUCAUAAUAUGUGCCAAACUAGAAUGUACUUUUUCGUCCCAUGUUUACUUACACGUUAUUGAAUUUCUAUUGUAUGUUAAACUUCACUAUGAAUGGCGCAAUCUGAGUUUAAUUAUUGACAAUGUGUUCAUCGGACAUACAUGAAAUAAAAUAUUAAAU